AUGGAGAUGACCGGCCACGUUAAUAGGGUUAGGCCGCUUGCCGCCCGCAGGUAUCGCUCCAAAAGACAGCGGCCGUGCGAUCUCUGUCGUCUCCGGAAGACAGUCUGCAAGAUCCUGGUGGAGAGCACGGCCUGCGACCUGUGUAUGAGACUAGGCCGGAAUUGCACCUUUGUCUUGCAGCCUCUGCGAAAGGAUAGGAGGAGCUCGUCGUCCGCUCUUGUAGGUGGGAAUUCGCAGGCUGCUAAGACGCCGCAGAAUCCAUCCAGGCUGCCUCGGACGGCUCAAUCUGAUCCUGAUCCUGAUCCGAUUCUCCGGAGGAAUGGAGACAAUAAUAUGGACAAUGCGUUUGAUGACAUGGAUGCGUUUAUCUUUCCUUCUCCGGGGGAGCAGCUUUUACCGUAUAACCUGCAGACGGUGCCUGAGCUGGCCCCUGUGAAUCCCGGGAAUGGCCCGGAGACACCAUACCACGACCAGCAAAGGAGCAGUGGGUUCCAAGACCCGCCGCAAUGCCCAACUGGUAGUCGAGAGUCGAAUGGAGAUGGACCGGCCAGCUGGACUGGCGACUGGCCUGAAGCGUUCUCUCUGGAUGCAAGGCCUGGGUACGUAACCCAGGUAAUUGGCCUGUCUAAUGAAGAAGAUCCGUUUCUGCUACGGCACUACCAGUACAACAAACUGGACAACUAUGACAUGUUCAAACUCGACUACCGCAAAGUCACAGACGAUGUGAACCUGCAGCCACAUAUCCAGGCGAAUCCUGCUUGCGGAAAUCCCGGGAUUCCCGCUAGUAAGAUCCCUAUCCAGUUCAUGAUGAUCAAUGAGAGCAUAUGCGAGGAUAAUGUCAGAGCGGCGGAGAAAGACUUUCUGCUGGAAAAUUCAGAGACCAGGGAUCGCGAGAUGCUGAAGAGUAUUGUCCCUGAUGACCUGGGAUGGAGGCUAUCCAAACUGUAAGACGAGGACUGUUUCCGAGCAUGAUUGCUGCCGGCUUUGGGCUAAACAGGUCAGAUUCUUCCAAUAUGUCCAGCCGGCAUAUCCUGUUCUUUGCGCACAAGACUAUAAGGCCCUCACCACAGGCCUGGGAAGCGAUCUUUCUAUUGGGUUGAAAGCUGCAAUAUACGCCCUGGCCCUCCCAUUCUGUUUCCUAGAUGACCACCUAUCCCUGAACAAAGCGUACCAGCAACCUCCCACAGAUGGGCUUUGGGGAAUCGCGCAUCGCUGUCUGGUGCGCAGUUCCCAAAAGCCG